AUCCAUGGAGUCCGCUUCCACAAAUACCGCUACAAUGGACAAGAAGCACUCAAACAGUGUCCUUAUGCCAAGUAUCAGCCAUGCCUUUCGCAACAGCUGGAAAAAGAAAGACAACGAACACAAGCCACCUCCUAAGACAAGCAACUCAAUGGCAGGUAUGGUUGAAUUUAUUGGAUUGAUAAAAGUCAACGUGGUCAAAGGCACCAAUCUAGCCGUUCGGGAUAUGAUGACUAGUGAUCCUUAUGUCAUCCUCUCUCUAGGAAACCAAUCUGUGAAGACACGUGUUAUAAAGAGCAGCCUUAAUCCAGUAUGGAAUGAAAAGCUAAUGUUAUCGAUCCCGAGCAACAUGCCUCCUUUAAGAUUAACUGUGUAUGAUCGGGAUACAUUGAAGGCGGAUGAUUUCAUGGGUGAUGCUGAGAUUGAUAUUCAACCAUUGGUGUCAGCUGCAAAAGCAUCUGAGAAUUCGGAUGUUAAUGACUCAUCAACUCAAGGAAAGUGGGUAGCAAGUUUGGAGAACACGGUUGUGAAAGAUGGUGUGAUCACGCUCGCGAAAGGCACUGUGAAGCAAGAGAUUGCUCUUAAACUUCAAAAUGUUGAGAAGGGUAUUUUACAAAUCGAGCUCGAAUGUGUUCCUCUUACCCAAUAGUAUUUUUUUGGUGAUUUAUGUUUUAUUUAGGUGAUGUUUUUUGUGUUUUAAUGUUUUUUAUGUAAACCAAUUGUGAUGGAUUGAUGGUUGGUCUUAGCAAAAUGUGGACGAGAAGUGUAAUGCAUUGUCAAAAAU